AUGCCUCCGGACCGGAGUCUCUCCGGGACGCACCAGAACCGCGCCGGCGCACCGCUGGGGCGCCAGCAGGGAGCCGCUGGGAACGGAGUCAGGAUGCUGCCUCCGCCCGUCAGGCUGCUGUGUUUGUGGCUGUGCAGCGAAGCCGUCGCCAGUCAGCUCCACCGGCCCGAAACAAAGGCGACUUUCACGCCUCAUUAUGAGUCCGCCGCCGCGCGCAGGAAUGCGCACAGCCGGGGAUGGCACGCUGUCGGCGGGGAGGACAAUGGGAGGACGCGCGGUGCCAGCGCGCAGGCCUCGUGGGUCGGCACCGCGAGUCCGAGCUCAGGCCGCUUCGUGCGUAAAAGCGGCGCGCAGCGUGAAGCCGUGCGCCUCCGACAUGGAGCGGAUGGAGGAGCGUUACGCACGGGAGGGAAGAGGACGGAGGAGCCCCGCGGAGGUGGAGGCGGCCCCGGAGACCCGCUCCGGCCGUCCCUGCACGGAGCCUCCUGCAGGCGCCUGAAGCGGCGCAGCGGAACCGGGGCGCCGCGGGAGGCUCUGCCGGUGGCCAUGGCGCAGGAGCAGGACGCCGAGCCCCCCUUCGGACUGAACAGCAGUGACUACGGGGAGCAGGAGGAGGACUACUCCCUGCCGGACUUCCCCGACACCCCGCUGGCGGAGCGGCCCAGACGCAGGCAGCUGCGGAACCCCUUCUACCCGCUCUCCGCCGAGGCGUACGGCGCGUACGCGGUGCUGGUGACCGCCGCCUUCAUCUUCAGCGUGGGCGUCAUCGGGAACGUGUCCGUCAUGUGCAUCGUGUGCCACAACUACUACAUGAGGAGCAUCUCCAACUCGCUGCUGGCCAACCUGGCGCUCUGGGACUUCAUCAUCAUCUUCUUCUGCCUGCCGCUGGUGGUCUUCCACCAGCUCACCAAGAACUGGCUGCUGGGCGAGUUCUCCUGCAGGAUCAUCCCCUACCUGGAGGUGGCGUCUCUCGGGGUCACGACCUUCACGCUCUGCGCUCUGUGCAUCGAUCGCUUCCGGGCGGCCACCAACGUGCAGAUGUACUACGAGAUGAUCGAGAACUGGGCGUCGACCUCGGCCAAGCUGGCGGUGAUCUGGGUGGGCGCCCUGCUGCUGGCGCUGCCCGAGCUGCUGAUCCGGCAGCUGGUCACCGAGGACGGCGAGGCGCCCGACGUGACGCCGUGCGAGCGCUGCGUGGUCCGGAUCUCCACCGAGCUGCCGGACACGCUGUACGUCCUGGGCCUCACCUACGACAGCGCGCGGCUCUGGUGGUACUUCGGCUGCUACUUCUGCCUGCCCACGCUCUUCACCAUCUGCAGCUCGCUCGUCACGGCGCGCAAGAUCCGGCGCGCCGAGCGGGCCUGCGUCCGCGGCACCAAGAAGCAGAUCCGGCUGGAGAGCCAGAUGAACUGCGCCGUGGUGGCGCUGGCCAUCCUGUACGGCUUCUGCAUCAUCCCGGAGAACAUCUGCAACGUCAUCGGCACGUACAUGGCGGCCGGCGUUCCGCGCGGCGCCCUGGACGUCCUGCAGGUGGUCAGCCAGCUGCUGCUGUUCUGCAAGUCGGCGGCGACGCCGGUGCUGCUGUUCUUCCUGUGCCAGCCGUUCACCAGGGCCUUCCUGGACUGCUGCUGCUGCUGCUGCGACGAGUGCGGCCCGCCGCGCUCGCCCGGCGGCGACGCCGACGAGGCCGCCGCCGCCGACCUGGAGCUGUCGCCCUUCGGCACCGUGCGCAGGGAGCCGUCCACCUCCGCCGCCUACACGGCUGUAGGGACUCACUGCUGA